UCCCUGGUCCAAUUGACGAAGUGAAACGCACUUCAAGUGGCGACAGGGAUUAAGUGUUUACAGAGGUCCGCGAGUGCGUGUCCUGGAGUGGAAAGCAGCUAGGAAUGUUAUAUAAUAGUGGGAGGGUUCGAUGUUCCAGUGUAUAUGUUAUGCGUAUGAGAGUGUUGAUCAAAAGACCAUUGUAGCGUCUAAACUGCCGCAAAUUACACAAGAAGAAGAAGAAGAAGAAGAAGAAGAAGAAGAAGAAGAAGAAAGUGUUGAUAAAUCGAAUGAAACAGUUAGCCAUCAGUCAAAAUGCUGGAAUGGAUUCUGGUGUUGACGUGCAUCUUCAUUCUUUUUCUUUACAUCCGCAUUUCAAGACCCAAGAACUUUCCUCCUGGACCACGUCCAGUACCAUUUUUUGGAAAUCUGCUCCAACUCAACAUGGCCAAUCCUUUGAAAGACUUUAAGAGGCUGGAAAAUCGCUAUGGAAAGGUUUACAGUUUGUACAUCGGAUCAAGACCAACAGUAGUGCUUAAUGGUUUUGAGGUUAUAAAGGAAGCUCUUGUUACUAAGGCGGUCGAGUUUGCUGGACGCCCACAAGACCUCAUGGUCAACCAUGUCAUGGAGGGAGGAGGUGUUAUUGUGGUUGACUAUGGCCCUACUUGGAAAGAACACAGACGCUUUGCUCUCAUGACCCUGAGAAACUUUGGUCUGGGAAAGCAAACAAUGGAGGAGAGGAUUCUGGGAGAGAUCUCGCAUAUUGUUGAUAAACUGAAUAAAGCUGUUGGAAGCUCCAUUAAUCCUCAGACUAUGUUCCACAAUGCUGCAUCAAAUAUCAUCUGCUUGGUUCUGUUUGGAGCCCGCUUUGAUUAUGAUGAUGAAUUCCUCAAGCGUUUUAUUGAAAUCUAUACAGAGAAUGCAAAGAUCACCAAUGGACCAUGGGCUAUGAUUUAUGAUGCUUUGCCUAUGGUGAGAAGUCUGCCCUUGCCCUUUAAGAAGGCUUUUACAAAUGGCACUAAAGUCAAACAGAUGUCUUCAAAUUUGAUCAACGAGCACAAGAAGACCAGAGUCCUAGGAGAGCCGAGGGACAUCAUUGACUGCUAUCUGGAUGAGCUUGAUAAGAGAGGUGAUGAUGGUUCCAGCUUUUGUGAAGACCGACUUAAAUGGUUCAUUUUGGAUUUGCACUUUGCAGGGACUGAUACUACCUCCAACACCCUCCUUACUGGAUUCCUCUACCUCAUGAAUCACCCCGAAGUUCAAGCGAGAUGUCAGCAAGAGAUUGAUGAAGUUCUGGAAGGAAAAGAUCAGGCCUCAUUUGAAGACAGACACAAUAUGCCGUACACACAGGCUGUGAUUCAUGAAAUUCAGCGUGUGGCAAACACCGUACCACUGAGUGUGUUUCACUGCACCACCAAAGACACAGAGCUGAUGGGUUACAACAUCCCAAAAGGAACAAUUGUUAUUCCUAAUCUUAGUUCUGUACUGAAUGAAGAAGGUCAGUGGAAGUUUCCUCAUGAGUUUAAUCCAGCCAACUUCCUGAAUGAUGAAGACCAGUUUGUGAAACCUGAAGCCUUUAUGCCAUUUUCUACUGGGUCCCGUGUGUGUCUUGGUGAGGGUCUUGCUCGUAUGGAGCUCUUCCUGGUCCUCGUCACUCUUCUGCGUCGAUUCCAGUUUGUUUGGCCUGAAGAUGCCGGGGAACCAGAUUACACCCCUGUGUUUGGGGCCACGCUCACACCCAGGCCCUACAGAAUGCACAUCAGACACAGAGAACCAGCCAAAUAAUUAGGGCCCGAGCACCUUCUGCUUCUUCUGCUGAAUCUUCUGCUGCUGCUGCUUCUGCGACUUCAAAAUUAAUCACAAUUUUGAGGGCCUAAAUUUGCUCGAAAACUUAUUAAACUUUGCACACACGUCAGAAGGGACGAAAAUGUACAUGUGCUUAAGGCCUCAGAAGUGGGCAUGUAGAAAGGACCUGAAAGCGCCACCUGCAAAAUUUCAAGAGAACAGUCUUCCCGCUAAGAAAAACAUGCAGAUUCAAAAUUUGGUAGGGUCAUCUAUCACAUCAAGACCUACAAAAAAGUCCCCUGGAACCAAGCUCUAAACCCCAGAGGAAGUCGGCCAUUUUGAAAUUUUCGCUGUGAUUUCUCUGCAAAUUGAUUUCUCCUAGAGAUUUCAUCAGGUCAUUAUCAUAUUUGGUCAGUCUCAUCCAGUGUUGGGAGUAACGCAUUACAAAAUAUAAUAUAUCACAGUAAUAUAUUAGUUUUUGCUGUAACGCAGUAAUAUAAAAUUUUGGAUAUAUUGUACUCGUUACAGUCUCUUAGUAACGCGCGUUACAACAAUGCAUUUCAAAAUUGGACUGUGUUAUUUUUAUUUUUUAUUUUUCACCGAUGCCGUGCGACCAGGAUCCACACAGGAAAAAGCUGCGGGUAAAAUAGUAUGUCUGUUUCCGGGUGCUGUAUUCAGCAUGUUCAUUUUUAAUUUCAUUUUGUAUUUGAACUGCGAUUUGGACGCGUGCGCGUCAAAUAUAGAUGCGCAUCUUAAAGAGCCGCUUCUGGGAAGUCCGCUGCUGUAUAAGCAUUGACUAAAGUGGCCGCAAUCAGGUCCUGUAGCGCCGCACACGCAUGCAGUUUAAAAAAAUAAUCAUGCGAAUUAGAGCACUAAGUAAAAGCUUAAAGCUUAAAAAAACAGAAAGUUUCUAUCGGUCUCCCAUGUUGCUUGAACCCCAGAAGUAAAGAGACUUUUAGAAAGCUUGUCAGCAAAAUCCAUAUCAACACCAGCAAUAACAAGGCAAGCUAACGUUGCUAUUGUUACAGUCCAUAUACAUAAUAGAUUGCUAGGCUAUUCCUAUGCUAUCUACAGUUUUAUUACAAACAGCAACCUAAACUAAAACAUAACAUUAAUGUAGACUUAACAUGUUUAUCUAAAUAUAAUCUAGUACAUUUAAACAUCACUGUUUACAUUUUUUACCAGCUUUUGUAUGGUAGCCUAUAUGCAUUGUUUGGCAAAAAGCAGUGUUUCCCUUGUUUGUCUGUGUUUUAUUAAGCUAUUAUAUGUUAGCCUACAUGUAAUCCUUAUAUUGUACUGAAAUGAGCUGUAUUCCUCCACUUUUUGAUGAGUUGUGUCAACCAAGUCUUCACUGUGCCUAUUCAAAGCUUGCGGGCCAACACAUAACAUCUAGAUUUAUAAGCAGUGUUAUGAUCUUUACUGAGUCACAACAAAAUAAGGGAGUCACCACACAAUAAACUACAUUUUAACAUUUUAUAA